AUGGCGCGGCCAUUCGCUCGUGAACGGCAGCUUGCUAUCUCUGCUGUCCGCAGGGCCUGUGCCCUCACAGACUCCGUCUUCAAUAAGCUUGUCAAGAAUGAAACUCUAACGAAAGGCGACAAAUCGCCUGUGACUGUGGGCGACUACGCAGCACAGGCGUUGAUCAGCUCGAUGCUGGCUCGAGCGUUUCCUGACGACCCGAUUGUGGGCGAAGAAGACUCCAAAGACUUGCGCGUGGAGGAAGGCCGGGCUUUGAGAGAGCGAAUUGUAGAACUCGCAAACGAGGCUAUAAAUGCACCACUCAUCGACGGCGACGAUGUUGCUUGGGGAAUCGGCCCGGGGCAGACCAAAAAAACCGACGAAAUAUUGGAUGCCAUUGAUAGAGGCAGCCACGAGGGCGGGCGCAACGGCCGAAUGUGGACCAUAGAUCCCAUUGACGGAACGAAGGGUUUCCUUCGUGGAGAGCAAUACGCAGUCUGUGUGUCAUUGAUUGUUGACGCUCAAGUACAAUUGGGCAUCAUCGGCUGUCCGAAUCUCCCACUCGAUUUGUCCAAGCCAGACAGCGAGCGUGGCUGCAUCUUCCUUGCGAUCAAAGGUCAAGGCUGCUUCCAGCUUCCUCUCAAUGGACCUUCCGAAGCUCUGCUUAGAAUGCCCGCUUUUACACCAGCAACCCUCAGUUUUCUAGAGUCAGUCGAGGCAGCCCAUUCUUCACAUUCAACGACAGACACGAUAUCGACCCUUCUUGGAAUAACCAAGCCUCCGUUGCGGAUGGAUAGUCAAGCAAAAUACGGGUGUUUGGCGCGCGGGGACGGUGGCCUGUAUCUCCGUAUGCCCACUGGUGUGGGCUAUCGGGAAAAGAUUUGGGACCAUGCGCCUGGAUCUCUUCUUGUUGAAGAGGCGGGCGGAAUCGUAACUGACUCGCGAGGAGAAAGGCUUGACUUUGGGUUAGGUCGGACACUCGGGGAGAAUUUCGGUGUCGUUGCAGCGGGCGGGGAGGUGCAUCCAGCGGUUUUGAAGGCUGUUCAACAGGCGAACAGUGCGAAAGCCAAAGUGUAG